AAUCAGGUAAUCCUCCCCCUCCUCCUCCUUCAAGUUUAUGGUUGGCAUCCAAUCCAAGCAAGAGAUGGGGCGAGCUUUUCUUUCUCUGUACACUCCGUUUUGGCUCACUCUUUCUUUGGGCAUCGUCGUUCCUUUCAAACUUUACGAGAACUUUACGGAAUUGGAAUAUUUGCAUCUCGGUCUGGUUUCAGCAGUUCCUUCUUUCUUGAUACCAAUGCUAGUUUUGGGAAGGCUGACAGCAGCUUGCAUUGGAAGGACCGUUAUUGGGUUAAGGCCAGUGUCUGGAUUGUAAUAUUUAGUUAUGUGGGGAAUUAUUUUUGGACCCAUUAUUUCUUCACGGUUUUAGGAGCUUCUUAUACUUUCCCAUCCUGGAAAAUGAACAAUGUGCCACACAGGACGUUCCUUCUCACACAUGUUGUCUCCCUGUUUUACCAUGUUACAUCAAACAUGACACUUCGCAAAUUAAGACAUUCUAUUGCUGGCUUGCCCGAGAAAAUUCAGUUAGCCACUGAGAUGGCAUGGAUUUUGGCCCUUUCUUAUUUUAUAGCAUAUCUCGAGACUCAGCAAUUUCGGACGUAUGUGGUAAAGUGGUUACAUGCUUUUGACACACCUUGAGCCUUUGUUUUCUUUUGAUUCGGAAUGUUACACUUGGUCUCGGGUCUGAACAGUGGCGGAUCUUGAAGUUAGCCUAGUGAUGAUACUUUAUGUUGAAUAUGUGCAGUUCCCGUAUUAUGAUUUUGUGGAUCAUGCAUUCAUGUUAAAGUGGGAUAUAUGUUUUAUUCCAUAUACUUCAUCGUGAGCUUCCCCAUGUUUCUGAGGUAACAAAUUAAUCCAACUUUAUGUUUAUUUGUCUAUACGGAAGUGUGGAAUCGUAUUCAUUGUUUAUAAAAUGUUUUUGUUUCGGCAGUUCCAUUUAGAUAUCUCGAUCGGAAUAACGUACCUCCCAUUGCAGUAAAGACUUGCUGCAGAUAUUUUGUUUGAACGGAUUGAGCUCUGUAAAGCAUGAAAAGAAAAGCCAGUUUCAGAUGCCGGUUUUCUUUUAUAUACAGAUAGUGUAGUAAUUGUUGUAGACUUGUAGUUUGAUGAUUAUCCAUUUUGCAGGAUUGAUGAGAAACCUGAUGAUCUAUGGGACCUACCUCGGGUAGCCAUUGAUUCUCUGGGCGCUGCAAUCUUGGUCACGAUAAUACUCGAUUUAUGGCGUAUCUUCCUUGGACCAUUGUUCCACUGGCAGAUACAAAACAAUGCAUUCAUCCAGGUCUACCAUGGUCUGGAGGAAGUGCAAAUGUAGCUUCACAAAACCAAUGCGUGAAAUGAGAGAACUGGGUUCGACUCCUUAUCUUGCUUCUUCAGUUGCUGGUGUUAUCGUUGUGGUUCUCCCCGGUGUCUGGCAAAAAGUUUCCGGUGUCAGGACGAGGCAUAUAUUAUCAUUGCUCAUUAUUAGAUUAGUCUAGUCAGUGAAGCGAUUGUGUGAUUUGUUUACGUUGGUGUUCCAUGAAAACUCAUUUUAGUUCUCUGAGAACAUUGUAAUGGAAGUUAAGCAGACUUGUUUAUGGUU